AUGAGUCACCCUGGAUGGGUAAUGGUGUCAUUUCUCACCGAACUUCUCUCGUCUUCCCAAAAUGGAGUUGUUCAAUCGCUUGAAAAUUGUGCAAAUGAUACGACAAUUAUCGAUGCAUUAUUGAAAAAUAGUUACAAUAAACAUUACAUUCCUUCACAUCCAACACGAGUUCGAGUCGAUAUGUGGGUGCAAGAAGUAACGGCAGUGUCCGAAUUAACACAAGAUUUUGAAAUUGAUUUAUACAUUAAUGAAUUUUGGGAGGAUCCUGCAUUAGUUUUCGAAGAUAUGAACCCGUGCAAACGGAACAUUUCUUUCGAUGAUAAGGUCCUACAGCGAUUAUGGAUUCCAAAUACUUGUUUCAUCAAUUCUAAAAACGCUGCAAUUCACGAAUCACCAUUCAAAAAUGUAUUUCUGAUGGUCUUCUCUAAUGGAACGUUAUGGACAAAUUAUCGAAUGAAACUAACCGGACCAUGCGAUAUGAGAUUGAAACGAUUUCCGUUCGACAAACAAAAAUGCUUUCUCACUUUUGAAUCAUUUAAUUAUAACACUGGCGAAGUGAGAAUGCAAUGGAAUCAGCCAUAUCCAGUGAUUCUACUUAAACGAAUUGAGCUGCCCGAUUUCAAAUUAGUGAAUUUCAGUGUGAUUGCAGUUGAACAGAUGUACCCGGCUGGUUGGUGGGAUGAGCUUACAGUUGCUUUUGUAUUCCAGCGGCGUUAUGGUUGGUAUGUCCUGCAGGGCUACAUCCCCACAAUGGUCACCAUUGUUAUUUCCUGGAUUUCAUUCUAUCUGGGUCCGAGAGCAAUUCCUGCUCGAACGAUGCUUGGCGUCAACUCUUUGUUGGCAAUGACAUUUCAAUUCGGAAAUAUCAUCCGAAAUCUACCAAGAGUUUCAUAUGUCAAAGCCAUCGAUGUUUGGAUGUUGAGUGGAAUGCUUUUCAUAUUUUUAUCGCUAUUAGAGUUAGCCGUAGUAGGAUUUAUGUCAAGAAAUGAUGGAUUACCCCCAAAGGAAAAGAAAAAGAAACGGCAAGAUGAUGAAGAAGUUUUUUCAUGGAAAAGCGUACAAAACAGUCCUCAUUUGGAAUUGAGACAGUUUUGGGUCGACAAACGUGUGAAUUCAUUACGAAAUAAUAGCGAAAUUCCGAAUGCUGAAGAAUAUACUCCCGUCGAAGCACCGUAUCCGCAAGUUCCGAAGCCAAGGGAAAAUAAAAGAAUGUUCGCCGGAAUUCGACGAAAAUUCCGGGCAAUUCAGAAACUUCGACCGGAGAUUGUCGAUUUCUACAGUGCCAUUUUCUUUCCAACAGCUUAUAUGAUUUUCAACAUUUCAUAUUGGAGCUUCUAUCUGACGAGUCUUUCCGAAUAUGUCGAUGAUGAUUUAGCAAUAACCGAACCCUGA